GUCAAAAAUGUCACAUUGACAGUCGGCAGAAAACGAAAAGUUUGUAUACAACACGUGCGCCGUGCAAAGUUGAUUCUUUUCUUCCAUUCCAAAGAGAAUACACGAUAAUUUUUAAUUAAAAAGAAUAUUUAUAUAUAAAGAAAACUUAAUCCACAAAAUGGUAUUUUUUACCUGUAAUCAUUGCGGUGAAUCGGCGAAGAAGUCCGCGGUAGAGAAACACUACACAUUCAAGUGUCGUGGAGCACCGAAAAACGUCUCGUGCAUGGAUUGCAUGAAGGAUUUCCAUGGCGAGGAUUAUGUGGCCCACAAUAAAUGCAUUACAGAAGCUGAAAAGUAUUCCGGCAAAGACUAUGUGCCGAAGGAACAAAAGAAUUCAGGGCAGAAGAAACAGGAAGGCUGGAUGGACAUAAUUCGAUCGAUUCUCGACACCAAGGAAUACAAUUUAAGUCCGGCAGUGAGGGGAGCAUUCCAGAAACUUCAAAAUGUAGACAACGUUCCGCGCAAGAAGGCAAAAUUCAUUAACUUCGCAGCCAAUUGCAUUAAAAUGCGCAGAGAUCAGGUGGAGGAAGUUUGGGGUGUUCUGGAAAAGGAGCUGGAGAAGAUGAAAGCGUCAAAGGCGGCAGCCGUUGCUGCAGAGGCAGCAUCUCGCAAGAAAAACGAACCCACAAAGCCGGCCGAAGUAGUAAUCGAAAAAGCCCCCGAAGAGCAGCCCGAGGAAGCCAAAGAGGUGUCCAUUGGCGACGUGACGGAAACGAUGCGUGUCAAAAAAUCCAAAUCCAAGAAACGCAAAGUCGACAAAGAAAUCCAGAAUACCAUUGAGCUGGACGAGGAGACGAAUAUAGAACAAAAGACCGACAAGAAACAAGAAGAAGACGAGCCCAGCAAGAAAAAGAGCAAAAAGAGUGCCACAGCGGAUCUUAUCGCAAAACAGGGAGAGGCAAACGCUGAACAGGAGCCCAUUAUCAGCACAACCACUCCAGACGAAUUCCAAUGGUCGGCGGUGAUGUUGAAUGCUAUUCGAAAGCACGGGAACAGCAUGAAGCUAGAGAAGUUGAAGAAGAAAGUCGAGAAAAUGUACCUCAGCCGACGGGAGUGGGCAACGUUCUCGGAGAAGCAACAGACUAAAUUUGACAAGAAGUUUGCAAAGUAUGUCAAGAAAAGCAAUCUCAAGGUCGAUGGUAAUAUUGUUACGGCUGUGGAAUAAGACGCUAUUAAUAGUUUUUAAGUGAAAUAUAUGUUUUAGAAAAAGGUUAA